GUGGGGUAAAAGUGCGGGAUGUACUGUACGAGCCCGCAGAGGCUUGUUAUAAUGACCUUGCAUACAGCACUGGGCAUGGGCUAACUAUUUGGAUAUACAUACAUAUAUAUUCACCCCCCUGACUACCAACUAUUCCUCGCCCCCGAAAACCCUGAAGUAUAUCGAUCAAAGAUAUCAACAACUGAGCAUAACCCUCGCUGAAUGAUCUGACGUCAGAAUAUUGGAAGUGUUUAAUAGCCUUAGUUAUACGGUUAGACCAGGCAGCCAACAAAGUCUUCAUUCAACAUGGUCUCUGUUAUGCAUGCCAAAAAACGCAAGAUUCUCAUACCGGAGAAGGUGUCACCGGACGGCCUGGCGCUAUUGAAAGAUGAGUUCGAUGUCGACGAAAAGAAGGGACUCAGUCCCGAGGAGCUCAAGAGCAUCAUCGGCGAAUAUGAUGCACUAAUCGUUCGAUCCGAGACCAAAGUGACGGCGGAUCUUUUGAAGGCAGCCAAGAAUAUGAAAGUGGUAGCCCGUGCAGGUGUUGGUGUUGACAAUGUUGAUGUUCAAAGCGCUACUCAGCACGGCAUCAUUGUCGUGAACUCACCCUCUGGGAAUAUCAAUGCUGCAGCGGAACACACUAUUGCGCUGUUGAUGGCUGUUGCCCGGAAUGUGGGCGAUGCUUCACAAAGCAUCAAGGCAGGCAAAUGGGAGCGUGGUCGGCUCGUAGGAGUUGAGGCCAAAGGAAAAACUCUUGCUAUCGUGGGGCUGGGCAAAGUUGGUCUCACAGUCGCUCGGAUCGCUAAUGGCCUGGGUAUGAGACUCAUCGCAUACGAUCCCUAUGCCAAUCCGAACCUGGCAGCAGCAGCAUCAGUGACGCUCAAGCCUAGUCUUGCUGAGAUUUUGAAAGAAGCAGAUUUCUUGACGCUCCACACGCCUCUCAUAGCUUCAACCAAAGGUAUGAUCGGAAAAGCCGAAUUAGAGACGAUGAAGCCCACUGCGCGGAUUCUGAACGUUGCGCGAGGCGGAAUGAUUGAUGAAGAUGCUCUGGUGGAAGCUUUGAACGCUGGUAAGAUUGCAGGAGCUGGAAUUGACGUCUUCACUUCCGAGCCUCCUGAGCCAGACUCGUCUGCGACUCGAUUGAUCGCGCAUCCAAAGGUGGUUGCAACACCCCAUCUCGGUGCUUCAACUACAGAAGCUCAGGAAAAUGUCUCCAUUGAUGUAUGCGAGCAAGUGGUGUCCAUUCUGUCUGGGGAGCUUCCUCGCACGGCAGUCAAUGCACCUAUAGUCCUUCCAGAGGAAUACCGCACACUACAGCCCUUCAUCAGUCUCGUUGAGAAGAUGGGUAGUCUGUAUACCCAACACUACUCCAGCGUCAAGAAAGAUUCUUUCCGCACAACCUUUGACCUGAUAUACGAAGGAAAGCUAGCUACUAUCAACACCACCAAGCCUCUAUUCGCUGCACUAGUCAAAGGCCUGCUGACACCCAUCACCUCAAGUGACGGCCUCAACAUCAACAUCGUCAACGCCGAGAUUCUCGCCAAAGAACGCGGUAUCCUCAUCAACGAGCAGCGUUCACGCGAGAACGUCGAGGACAAGCCCUACGCCUCCUUCAUUACCCUCCGCGCACGCGCCUCGCGCUCCGUGUCCCAGCAGUCUCGCUCCAGUGUUUCGGCAUCUGCCGCAGCGCGCUCUACUGCCCGAGACAACAGCACAGUCGACGAUCAGAUCAUCCAAGGCUUCGUAUCCGGGAACAGACCCUUCAUUUCGCGCCUGGACAGGUUCAAAGGCGAGUUCGUACCGCGCGGCACGCUGAUUAUCUGCCGGAAUUUUGAUUCCGUCGGCAAGAUCGGGUAUGUGGGGAAUCAGCUGGGUAAGGCGGGUGUUAAUAUCAAGUUUAUGAAUGUGGCGCCACUGGAUGAAGAAGUGGAGGAGCAGCGGCAGAAUGGGGCUGAUGCAGGGGAUGAGAAGGAGGGGAGUAAGGAGGCGUUGAUGAUUUUGGGGGUGGACAAGCCGGUUGGUGAGGAUGUGCUUAAAAGGUUGAUUGGAGAGGAAGGGGUGUUGGAGGCGAGCGUUGUGAACUUUUGAGAUCGUCUUUAGGAGUGUAGAAGAGGGUUGUGAUAGUCAAUGGCAGCGGUACUUGACUGAUUUAGUGCGCCUGCGAACCUUGAACUUUGGUGUUGGACUGAUUGUGUUAUGGUCAAGGACGCGACACGUAACAUGUAGCGAAGCAUUUAUCUAACUUUUGCUGAGAACUGUAAUCCAAACACAGG